GUCUAUAUACAUUAUUUGCUAUUUUAUAUAUGUGUGUGAAAUUCUAGCGAUAUCUUGAUUCUUGACAGGCAGAUUUGUCGAGAAGCGUGUUAGGUGUGAAUUGAAUUGCUAUAUAAAAUCAAUUCUGUUUAGAAUAAUGAUGUCGUCGUUGAAGAUGGGGGCUUUGAAAGAAACUUUUUACAUCUCGCAUGGUUCUCCGACUCUCUCCAUCGAUGAUUCAUUGCCGGCUCGCCCCUUCCUCUUGUCCUUCCGGCAGAAGGUGUAUCCCGAGAAGCCUAAUUGCAUUCUGGUCAUUUCGGCUCACUGGGAGACCUCUGAACCCGCCGUCAAUGUCAUUAAUGGCCCAAAUGAAACCAUCCAUGAUUUCUAUGGCUUCCCCAAGCCCAUGUAUCAACUCAAGUAUCCUGCACCUGGAGCUCCUGAAUUGGCAAAGAAGGUGAAGAUGCUGCUUGAGGAAGCUGGCUUCAAACGAGUGCAUGAGGAUAAAAAGCGUGGUUUGGACCAUGGCGCAUGGGUCCCUCUAAUGCUUAUGUAUCCAGAGGCUGACAUCCCUGUGUGCCAGCUCUCUGUACAGACAAAUAUGGAUGCUAAUCACCAUUAUAAAGUAGGAAGGGCAUUGGCUUCCCUAAAGAAAGAAGGUGUCCUCAUAAUUGGCUCAGGUUCUGCCACUCAUAACCUAAGGACCAUGCAAGGCACCAAUGAUAAUGUUGCUUCAUGGGCUUUAGAGUUUGAUAAUUGGCUCAAAGAAUCUCUUCUUACUGGCAGGUAUGAAGAUGUUAACCACUAUGAAGAGAAGGCACCAUUUGCGAAACUUGCACAUCCACAGCCCGAACAUUUCUAUCCGUUACAUGUAGCAACUGGUGCUGCCGGUGAAAAUGCAAAAGCUGACCUUAUCCACCAUAGCUGGACUAAUUACACACUCUCUUAUGCAUCCUAUAAGUUCACUGAAACAUCAUAAGUGACCUGGUACUCUUGUGUUUCCUGUAUUUAUGUUGCCAUUGAUUUUAAUUGUGAAACAGUGGUUACUGUACUUGAUUGCUGAAAUAAAAAUGUGCCCAUAUGAGCUUAUUUAAUUUCUGGAGAAGAAAGAACCCUAAAGCUCAGAAUGUUGCUGCUAUGCUGAUGCUAAUCUAGAUUUUCUUUAAUUAACAUGGGCAUUUCUUGUUGAA